AUGGCUCAUUCAGUCCUGUGUCAGGUCCCUGUAACGAUCUCCGUCAAGAAUGAUGCUUUUGUUCCCAAGUCCGUUUUUAAGAGCAAAAGUGUGUCCCUACACGAAAAUUCAUGGAUGCCUCGUGCAUUUUCGGAUGUCAAAAUUGCUAAUUCAUGGACAAGGGCUCGGCCCGUGAUCUGUAUGUCAGUGCAACAGGCCAAACUACCGAAAAUUGCAGUUUCGCCCCUUAGUUUAGAUGAUGCGAAAGAGCCGCCACUACAUUUGUACAAGAACAAGGAACCAUACACAGGUACCAUUGUCUCUGUCGAGAGGCUUGUGGGUCCAAAAGCUCCUGGGGAGACGUGUCAUAUCGUGAUCGAUCAUGGGGGAAAUGUUCCCUACUGGGAAGGGCAGAGUUACGGGAUUAUUCCUCCCGGUGAAAAUCCUAAGAAGCCUGGUAAUCCACAUAACGUUCGGUUGUACUCAAUUGCAUCAACGAGGUAUGGUGACUUCUUUGAUGGCAAGACAGCAACUUUAUGUGUUCGGCGUGCUGUGUACUACGACCCUGAGACGGGAAAAGAAGACCCUUUUAAAAAAGGAGUGUGCAGCAAUUUUCUAUGUGAUUCAAAGCCUGGCGAUAAGGUUCAGAUAACAGGUCCCUCCGGAAAAAUAAUGCUCCUUCCGGAAGACGACCCAAACGCUACCCACAUCAUGAUCGGCACGGGCACAGGCGUGGCUCCUUUCAGAGGCUACCUUCGGCGCAUGUUCAUGGAAGCUGUCCCCGCGUUCAAAUUCGGCGGGCUCGCCUGGCUUUUCUUAGGGGUGGCCAACAGCGACAGCCUGUUGUACCACGAGGAGUUCUCACGGUACGCUCGGGACCACCCAGACAACUUCAGGUAUGACCUUGCUCUCAGCCGGGAGCAGACGAACAGGAAAGGUGGCAAGAUGUACGUACAGGACAAGAUCGAGGAGUACAGUGAUGAAAUCUUCGGGCUAUUGGAUCGUGGGGCCCACAUAUACUUUUGUGGGCUCAAAGGGAUGAUGCCCGGGAUACAGGAGACGCUGAGGAGGGUGGCUGAGGGUCGGGGGGAGAGCUGGGACGAGAAGCUCUCUAAGCUGAAGAAGAACAAGCAAUGGCACGUUGAAGUCUAUUGA